UAUCAUUCAAUUAUUGUGCAGCUAUUCGGCUGGAGAUUUAUAUAAUGGUGUACGAAUGGAGAGAUAAAGUUGUGCUUAUAACCGGGGCGGCCACAGGAAUUGGCGCUUUGGUAGUUAGAAAAUUGGUGGAGUUUGAAAAUGUGAAGCACGUAACAAUCCUAGAUUUGAACGAUGAAGGAUCUACACUAGCACAGGAAUUAAAUAACAAAUUUGGUGCUGGCAAAGUGAAUUUCCUCAAGUGUGAUAUCACCAAGGAUGAUCAAGUGGAUGCUGGAUUUAAAUGGAUCAAAGACCGGUUUGGACAUUUGGAUGUGCUCCUCAACAAUGCUGGAAUUAUGAACGACAGCUAUCAAACAUAUAAAAAAAUGGUGGAAGUUAAUGUGACUGCCCUCUAUACAUGUACACUAAAGGCUCUAGAGAUAAUGCGGAAAGACGAAGGUGGUCGUGGUGGUACUAUCAUAAACACAGCUUCAAUCGCUAGUCUUCUUCAACACCCCAUAACUCCAAUGUACUUUGGGACCAAAAGUGCUGUUCUGCAGUUUACUCUGUGUCUUAGUCUCGACGACUACUAUUCUCGAACAGGGGUGAGGUUGAUGACAAUUUGCUACGGAGCUACUGGAACGGCUUUAUUGACUCGAACCAAACUGGGCAAUUUCGAUAAAGACAUUGAAAGCCGUUUGGAAGAGUUAGUGAAAGAAUUUUAUUUACAGAAUCCCGACAACGCAGCCGUGGGAUUGGUUGACACAUACAAAUAUGGCGAAAAUGGUAGCACCUGGAUAUCUACCCACGACCGACCAGUGAAGGACAUUACCGAAGAAGUCACGAAAGCUUACAAGAUUCUAUCUGACACAACUAUUUGAUAUGAAAAGAGAAAUAAUAUUUUCUUACGAAAUUAAUGCAUUUGUUAGAUAUAAUUCUUAAUUACGCCAUUUAGUUAUAGAAAAGACAUGAAAUGUAGCUUAGUAAUGUAUAAAAAAGAGCGCUACGGCAGACUUAUAGGAUUAAAUCGGCAAUUAUAAAAAUACGUUUUAUGUAUGUGUAAAAUGAAAUAAAAGUUCCUCAUUUUAUCACUACCAAAUAAAACAAAAAACCUUGUAGUAAUGCACAAGAUUAAUAAAUUAUUAUACUAAUAUUA